CCCUCCACACGCGCAGACAGACAAACACACACCAGCACGCUCACUGUGUGUCCGCCUAUACAUAUAUAUAUAUAGUAUAGAUAUACACGCCCACAUAUGUCUCCUCCUCUUAAUUGUUCCACUUAUAGUAAUUAAGCACCUAAACCCAGCUUAAAUUUGCAGCUAUGAGUUCCUUCUCCUCCCUUCAACCCACCACCACGCCGCCGCCGCCCGCCGCCACGCGCACCUCCCUCCUUCCUUACCACUGUGCCCACCAAUUGUCUUUCUCUUCCUUUCCAGCCCAGCGACUCCAUUCCGGCCGCCGUCACCGCUUCCGGGUCCGCGCAAUUGAUGCCGCUCAGCCCUAUGACUAUGAGGCCCACCUCGUCAACCGCUUCACUCAAUCCACCAAGUUGAAAAUCGCUAUUGUUGGGUUUGGGAACUUCGGUCAAUUCCUGGCGAAGGCGUUCGUUCGCCAGGGACACACGGUUUACGCGCAUUCGCGAUCUAAUUACCAGUCUAUCGCUCAAUCGCUCGGCGCCGCCUUCUUCUCCGAUCUCCACGACCUCUGCGAGCAGCACCCGGACGUCAUCCUCAUUUGUACGUCUAUCAUUUCGACUGAAUCAGUGCUCAGAGCUAUGCCCCUCCAGCGCUUAAGGAGGAACACGCUGUUUGUUGAUGUUCUGUCGGUCAAAGAAUUCCCGAAGAAUAUUUUCAUUCAACAUCUUCCCAACCAUUUCGAUAUUCUCUGCACUCACCCGAUGUUCGGGCCGGAGAGUGGGAAACACAGCUGGCAGAAUUUGCCCUUUGUGUUUGAUAAAGUGAGGAUUGGGGAUGAGGAGUCGAGGGUCGCCAGGGUAGAGGCUUUCUUGGAUAUUUUCAAGAAGGAAGGGUGUACUAUGGUGGAGAUGACUUGUGCCGAGCACGAUAAGUACGCAGCGGGAUCGCAGUUUAUUACACACACGAUGGGUAGGAUCCUUGAGAAGUUGGAGUUGGAGAGUACUCCGAUUAAUACCAAGGGGUACGAGACUUUGUUGAAUUUGGUGGAGAAUACGGCUAGUGAUAGUUUUGACCUGUAUUAUGGGCUUUUUAUGUAUAACAAGAAUGCGAUGGAGCAGCUGGAAAGGUUGGAUUUGGCAUUUGAGGCGUUGAAGAAGGAGUUAUUUGGACACUUGCAUGAGGUAUUGAGGAAGCAGUUGUUUGGGAAGGCAGAGGAGGGAGGCUUUCGGAGGCCCAUGCUGGCUAAAUUGCCGAAGAAUGGGACUCCAUUGUUGCCACCUCAAUCAGAGACUUUGAGCAACAAGAGCAAUUAGAUGAUUUCUGUUGUAUUAGCUUUGAUCGGCAGACAGAUGUGUCACCAUUUCCUGGCUCUGCAUAUCAAGGUUACUCAUCCUGGUAACAGACCAAAGGGUGAUGGAGACAUUCAGUGGUGUACAGACGGUAGUGUAACUUAUCACUGAGAGACUCUUUUCCUUGCAUUCUUUGUUGUGCCUCUUUUUCCCCCUUUCCUUUUUCUUUUUUUCAUGUUUGUCUAUUUCGCACCGUGUUGUAGUCGUUUAUUAACGGAAAUAUAUUGUAUGGUCCAGCUUAAUCGUUGUCAUGGAGUAGCUGUCAGCCAGAGCUGAUAUGUUUUAUUUCUUGAUGAAUUAAUCUAAGUUGGGAAUGUAAUGUCUGAUCAAUGCUCA